AUGGGACAACUCUUCCAGUGCCAUGCCGCCACUGAGUCGGUGGCGACCGUGGGAAAGCCGGCUACCUCCGACCGCGCGCCCUCCAUGACGCUCCUCAUGGCCGCGAUCUGUGCGGAUCUUGCGGCCGGCAUACCAUACCCGUACGCCUUAAGCCACCCACUCCAGCAUCCAAAGACGGCGCGCAUCAAGCAGGAGACCCGCGAACGCCUCGUGUCUGAAGCGGAGGCGCGGUUGGGCUUCGCAAGGGACCACCCGGAGGACGAGGAGGUUGUCAACACGACUGCAUCUGAGAUCGUGGCCAACCUCAAGGCUCGUAAGGACGGAUGGACAUGCGAGCGCGUCAUGGCCGUGUUUACUCGUGCCGCCUGUGCUGCGCACCGCAAGACCAACUGCCUGACCGAGAUCGUCUUUGCCGAAGCCAUGGCAGACGCCAAGGCCAAGGACGCAGCCUACGCAGCCGGGGGCGCCGCUGAAGGCCUAUUCUGGGGCCUGCCGGGCAGCUUCAAGGACAUGUUCAACAUUGUCGGCGUGGACAGCUCCAUUGGCUGCUCGCCGCACUGCUUCAAGCCAUGCGAGAAACCCGAGAACGAGGCUGCCAUCGUCAAGGUCUAUCGUGAGGCCGGCGGUAUCCCCUUCUGCAAGACUGCAAUCCCGCAGACGCUGCUCGCGUUUGAGUGUGCCAACCCCAUCUUUGGCGUGUCGACCAACCCGUACGCGUCGACGCGUACGUGUGGCGGCAGCUCCGGUGGCGAGGGAGCGUUGAUUGCGCUGCAAGGAAGUCCCCUCGGUUGGGGCACAGACAUUGGCGGCUCGCUCCGUAUCCCGGCUGGAUACUCUGGCAUCUGUAGUCUCAAGCCUGCUCUCGGCCGCUGGCCUCGUGGUGGCAUGCGUGGUGGUGUUCCAGGUUUCGAGGGCAUCAACGCUGUCACCGGUCCCAUGGCCCCGAGCGUCGACGCACUCACGUAUGCGUCGCGUGCCGUGCUCGACGCAACCCUCCGUGCGCUCGAGGCCAAGCGCUUUGCGGACCAGAACAUUGUUCCUAUUCCCUGGCGCGAGCCAAAGCUCCCAACCAAGCUGCGUAUCGGCUACUGGACGUUUGACGGCCUCGUCAAGGCGAGUCCGGCCUGCGUGCGCGCCGUGGAGCAGACGGUUGAUGCGCUCCGCAAGGAGGGCCACGAGCUUGUGCCGUGGUCCCCACCCAACCCCGACCAAGCACUCAAGAUCUUUGUCGCACUCUCGUCUGCGGAGGGCUACAAGUCUCUUCUCAGCAACAUUGGCAAGGACCCGAUGGAGCCCUCGAUGCGCCUCGUGGUCAGUGGCACCAGCGUGCCCAAGUUUGUCCUCAAGCUCGCGCAAUACUUUGUCCACUAUGUCCUGGGCGACACCAAGUUUGCCGACAUUCUGUCGGCGUCCAGCUACAAGACCGCGGGCGAGUACUGGAAGUGGACGGCAGAGCGCAACGACUACAUCUCUGCCUUCCGCCGCCAGGCAUGGGAGGAGCAAGGGUUCGACUUUCUCGUGUGUCCCGUGCAGGCCGUGCCCGCGCUCGAGCACGGGCGGACCGAGACGCUCUCGCCGCUGUCGAUCGGCACGUCGCUGUUCAACGUCAUCGACUCCACCGUCGGCGUCCUCCCCGUCACCCGCGUCGAUGCCGGGCGGGACAUUGCGUCGGCCAACUACGCCGCUGGCAGUGAAGGGUCGUGGAUUCUCGAGAAGCGCGUGUAUGGCGGCAGCGACCCGGCGUACAGCUCCGAGAAGAUGGCGGGGCUGCCAGUCGGUAUCCAGCUCGUGGGCAGGCAGUACGAUGAGGAGAAGGUGCUCGCGUUCAUGAAGCUUGUGGAGGGGGCGGUGGGGUUUGACUACGCCUACCACCGCGCCUAG